AUGUUGAUGGGUGGUGUCGUUUCCUUGCUAGAAGGUGACUUCCGCCGACGCUUCCGCUUAUUUAGUACGGCAGUGGGCAGACGACAAUCCUUGCCAAUAUGGGAACUAAUAACAAGUUCACAGCUUGCAACUAAUAUGAGCGUACAACUCAGCAACGACCAAGAGUCUGGGUUCUAUGUUCAAUACCUCUUCGAGAUCGGCGAGAGCCACGUGGCAGCUGUUGCUAAAGGCCUAAUAAAAUUUGAAAGCCACUUCUGCAAUGUUUUAAGCCCGGAAGACAACCUAAUUAAUUACGUUUUUCCAAGAUUUCAUGAAAAUUCGAGCAACGGCGAGUAUUUAUGUGAAAGAGAUGUCAUGGCGCCUAAGAAUGAAUCGAUGGGAAACGACAAUACAAAAACUAUUGCUCAAUUACCUGGUGGGGUGACCACGUCGAUCGAUACAAUGGUGGCAAGAGAUGACACAAUUCAUAUUCCCAAACCAUUAGAGCUGUCUGGGAUGCCGACCCACAAAUUGGUGCUGUAG